AUGCUCUGGCAUUUCACAAAGAAAGCUGCAUGGAUGAGACAAGCCUCUGAUAAAAUGCCAAAAAGUGCAAGUGGAAAGGCAAAGGCAAAGUUGGGAGGAAAAUCUGCUGUUGCUACAUCUCCUGAAGACGCAAAAUCAACUAGCCCAGUUAAUUCUCGCCCUGAUGGAUCUGUGGAAAUAAAAAUUCUAGCAAAACCAGGAUCAAAGCAUAACAGUAUCACAGGACUGUCAGAGGAAGGUGUAGGAGUGCAGAUUGCAGCUCCCCCUGUUGAUGGAGAGGCUAACACGGAGCUUGUCAAGUACUUGACCAAACUGCUAGCUGUUCGGAAGUCAGACCUCACCUUGGACAAAGUAAUUAUAAAUGAUCAAUAA